UGAGGGGGGGGGGGGGUUAACCUGUCAGAAAUGGGCUCAACCCCCUAUACGCCCCUGGUUUUCUUACAAUAGCAGUAAUGAACAUUUAAUUUCCGUUUAAUUUCUAGCGGAUAUUGGUUUUAACAAACCUCCUAUGUAAAUUCAUUAUUUUCAGAUAUUGAUCCCCGCCAAUAUGGCGGAUGGUGUGGAUAUAGAUCUGUACGCGGAUGUGGAACAAGAGUUCCCAAACGAUGAUUUCUCACAAGAGAACACUGAUCUCUAUGACGACGUUAUUACCGCUGGAACUAAGGAGGAAAAGAAGGACGUUACUCCCAGCAAAGAUAUUACUCUGAGUACUAAACCUGGUCCUGUCAAGAAGGGGGAUCGUGUAUUUCAACUCUAUGUUGGAAAUCUAACCUGGUGGACCACGGACCAAGAUAUCCAGGAUGCAGUUCAAAGCCUUGGAGUUCCAGACUUUGUCGAGGUCAAGUUCUACGAGAAUCGAGCUAACGGUCAGAGUAAAGGGUUCUGCUGUAUCUCUAUUGGAAGUGAAGGAAGCUCCAAGAAGAUAAUGGAGAACCUUGCCAAGAAGGAGAUGCAUGGACAAAACCCUGUUGUCACCUACGCUACGAAACAAGCGUUGUCCCAAUUUGAGUCUCAGUCGAAAACUCGUCCUCCCACACAGCCUCCUGCGGGGGCUAGACCUCCUCCUCCUGGUUUACCUCCUCCAAGUUUCCGACCUCAGGCAGGACGGCCAGGACCUCCAGGGCUACCUCCACCAGGUAUGCCACCUCCCGGAUACAGACAGCCUCCACCAGGUCUCCGAGGUCCUCCUCCCAUCAGUCAACCACCUCCAGGACUUAUGACAGUCCGAGGACCUCCUCCUGCAGUUCGUGGUCCUCCCCCUGGUCAUCUCCCUCACGGUGUUCACGUAGGACCUCCUCCAGUCAUGCAUGGUCCUCCACCAGUUACUGGUCCUCCCCCAGGCUUAGCCGGUCGUCCGCCGCCAAUCGCCGGUGUUCACGUCAAUCCCGCAUUUUUCCCCGGCGGAGCACCACUUGUCUACCAUGAACCUCACGGUUUGUCGGAACCAGAGUUUGAGGAAAUUAUGUCAAGGAACCGUACUGUAUCCAGCAGUGCAAUAGCCCGUGCAGUACAGGACGCUGCCAACGGAGAAUAUGCGAGUGCCAUCGAGACCCUGGUCACUGCUAUAUCUUUGAUUAAGCAGAGUAAGGUUGCCAACGAUGAGAGAUGCAAGAUCUUGAUUACAUCUCUACAGGAUACACUGCACGGUAUUGAGAGUAAGAGCUAUGGAUCCAGGGGACAUCAUUCAAGAUCUCCGGACAGAAGACAUCGAUCCUACGGUCGCCAUCAUACUCCGGAUCGUUACAGAGAUAGAUCUCCUAGGUAUGACGAUCGGUACCGAGAGCGAUCUCGUAGUCGAGACAGGGAGCGCGAUUAUCGUCGAGAUGAUAAGUACUACGAUGAUAGAUAUCGUGGUAGGGAGAGAGAACGUCCAAGGGGAGACCCUGAGCGUGAGAGAGAACGAGAACGUGGUCCAGACCAUCCUGAAUCCAGUAGCAGGGUGAUCAAGGAGGAACCUAGGGAUCGGGAGAGGAGGGAUGAACGUGUAGAACGGGAGAGGAGAUAAAUGAUCUCCUAGAUCAAAUUUUACCCUUGAUAAUAAUUCUUUAAAAACACGUGAAAUAAUAUGAUCCGAAUGUUCCUUUUGUGUGGUUUCCAUCCUCAUUCAACUUAGGAUGGAUGCAUCUUUCAAACAAAGAAGAAAAUUCGCUUUUAGUGAUUCGUUAAUGUCAAAACUUAAAACAGAUAAUCCUGAAGAAAAUUUAAUCGAUCGUUUAAAAGAACCUGCAGAAAUCCCAACACCAUUUCUUCUCUUAAUUAUUUUCUGUAAUUCAAUAAAGAUGUGUUGAUAAC